AUGGCCCAGUGUAGUAAGAAAAAGCCAAAGUUAGAAGGCGUGCGGCAGCAUUUUGGUAGUCCAAAAUGCUGCCGCACGCCUUCUAACUGGAACACGGACUUGGCGGUAAUCGUGGCAUCCAUUGCGUACAACACCUGGUUCACCAAGCUGCACUGCAAAGACAUGCGCAUAGGCUCUGAGGUGGUGGACCAGGUUCUGCACACAGUCAGCAAGUCCAACACUCUGGAGGAGCUCACUCUGGAGAACGCAGGACUGAAAUCGGACUUUCCGCAGAAGAUGGCGUCGGCGCUGUCUGAGAACCCGGCCUCUGUGAUCCACUCCCUGAACCUGGCCCACAACACGCUGGACAACCAGGGAGUCUCCAACCUGAUUCAACAAGUGUGUCGCCUCAACAAAGGUCUGCGCCUCCUCAACCUCUCCAAGACCUCCCUUUCCUCCAAGGGUGUGGUUACUUUGUCCCAGGCGUUGUGUUCAAGUGACGACUACUCCAAUUCUCUACUGCAUCUGGACCUCAGUAAAAACCCCGGGGUUCUGUCUGGAGAGGACGCAACAAACCUGUACCUGUUCCUGGCCCAGCCCAACUGCCUGGUCCACCUGGACCUCUCUGGGACAGACUGCACCGUGGACUCGGAUAGGAUUCAGGCCAAGAAACAGAAAGUGGGUUUCGUCCUGAAUAAGAAUCGCUCUCCUCACAAAAACAAUGCUAACUCACAGUCUUCCUCCGAGCUCCUCUGUGCAUAA